AUGCUGUCAAUGGAUCUCGCAUCAGCUCGUGGGACUAAGGUCCGUGACAUUGUAAUCGACCGUCGGCCUAGCACAGGCCGCGGCAAGAAACUCACUCUUGCGCAAGAAAACGUCUUACGAGAGCUCUAUGAGCAGGAAUUACCUUUUUUACCGGAGGGCGAGCACCCAGUGAAAAGAUUCUGGGUCAAUUUGGCAUCACGGUUUCGCGAACACACCGGCCGCGAGUACUCUUGGUUGUCUGUCAAACGGCGGGCUGAGACUUGGCGUCAGAAGUCUCCCCGAGAUGAUGGACGGUUGCAUACACCUAGCGCAGACUUGCUCAAUGGUGGAGACUCAACCGCAAAAACUAGUCACGAACCUCUUGCUCAUCACCCCCUCGGACUACAGGCUCCAUGCGACAGUCCGCGGCCGGCUCAGUUACAAGACCGGGAUUCCUCACAACUGCAGCACCCCAUCAAUCCGGGUCUCUCGGAUAUUGAUAAAAAUCACGGCGUGAGCGACUGGCUGCAGCGCAGCUGGUCUGUAGGUGUCACCAACCCAACUCAAGAUACCCGGAGCAAUCGCAGAUCUUCUCGUACAUCUCAAACCCGCGCCCGAUCAAGGUCACCCCAGCGUGUAUCACAGCCUAGAUACAGGACUCGAUCUCCUUCACGAACGAGAAGCACGGAGGUUGUACCCCGCCGAUUACGCCAUCAACUAGCCUUUGCCUCCAAUGGACCUGUUGUGUCGCACCCCAGCUAUUCUUCCGAAUUUGGCUCUAGGAUGGGACGGAACUCUUCCAGACUCUAUCCUGUCUGUGAAUCACAGGAAAAAGAAUCUACAGAUUACGAAAUAAGUGAUCCACCGAAAUCAAAGCACAAAGAUGGAAGAGUUGACCAUCCUCUGCCUGGGUCCCCGCAGCUUUCUGAGCCAGAUGACUUACCGUUGGCACCAGCCCGUAUCCUGAGAAGGCGUGCUGUUGCAAAAGCAAACGAAAACCAUGGUAUAGGAUAA